AUGUAUAACCUAUUAACCGUCGAUUUUACCGAUUUGUUCAAGUCAAUUGUGGACCAUCUUCACUCUCAAAAAGAAGAAAUUGAUGACCUUCGUGCACAGCUGCGGAAGGCUAACGAGGAGGCUAAAAAGGCCAACGAGAAGGCAGCUUCUAGAUUGGAAUUAACUCUCGAAGAGGAACGACGUGCAGCAGAUGAGGAACGUUCUGUGCUAGCUUCACAGAUCCAGAACCUCUUAAAUGAGUCAAGUGAUCGACAAGCAGCUCGCCUCAAAGGCAAAAUCGAUUGCAUCAAGACUGAAGUACAGAAAUCAGGAAAAACACUUCAGCACUCCCAUGAUAAAUACCUCGAAACUUUGGAUAAUUGGGAUAAAAAGGAGGACGAACUGCUUGAGAAAGUGCUCAAAUCAGAAUCGGAAUUGAAAUCCAGGAUGAAAGAUCAUCUAGACCUUUUCAUUUCGCGAAACACUUCGAUACAUGAAACUACAAACACAGUUCAUGAACAAACAGUUCAUAUUGUUGAUGAACAAAAGAAGGAUAUAGCUGUUCAGAUGGAAGCCCUUGAUGAUUUUUUCAGGAGAGCCAGGUCUCAAAACAAUCUGCACUGCGAAGCAAGCAAUGAUAUCGCCAACAAACUGGGACAAAGGGUUAGAGGUGGGUAUCACCAGCAGCUUCAACAAUUGGAUGGAUUUGAGAAGCGGGAGGCAGCCUUCCAAUUGGCGAUGCUAUCUGAAAAUAAGUCUCUUGGAGCCUUAGUGAAAACUGCUAUAUCCGAGGUUAAACAGCCACUAUCUGAUCUUCAAUCAGAGGUCCAGGCAACAUCUAUGGCAGAAUACGUGCCAACUGGAACUACCCCCGAGAAGAAGACAUACAAAUAUGAAGCAACACUCCCGCGGACGGAAUCACAUUCCACUAUACUUGGAAACCUAGGGUCUCCAUGCGAUCCAUCAGCCUCACCAUCUCCUUCGUGCACACCGUUAGACUCUCCGCCAUUACAGCAUGAGCCUCCCACAUCACCAACGAAGUCGAUGGUAUAUCAUGACUCAGAUAAUAAUAUUGAAUAUGAAAAGCCUCCGCAAGUCGACACAUUCGAGGAAUCCGGUCAACUAUCACCGUCGAAGCUGAGAGAAGUUGAUGUCAAUGUGAUGAACAAACCGAACAUCGAACCGGCGACUGCUGAAACAGGACCUAGUGUCGAAAGUUGUAAGGAAACGGAGCCUCCGCCUCUAAAGCGGCACCUUUCGUCUUCCGUCGCCGCUGCAUCAAAUUUAACUGGCGAGACGAAGAUUCCAACGAAACGGAUGACACGUCGAAAUGCCAGGGGAACAACAAAUGGCGUCGGAGGUGGGCGAGAAAAUACUCCCAUCUCUACUCUCAACGCAGGAUCAAGGAUCAAUGCAAGAAGAGUGAGGAGUGGCCCACACCAUUGA